AUGUCCUUUGAUACACAGUUGACUGACGACCAGGAGGUCAUCCUCAAGCAGAUUUGGACACACCUCUUCCAUCUGUGGCAAGUACCCGUGGACGGAAGCCAUAUCUUUCACAGUAACUCGCUCAACUCGUCCUCGUCCACCCCGCCGAAGAAGAAGAAGUCGUCCUGGUUUAGCAAGCUGCAACCCUCCGACCACUCGCAGGACUCUGGCGAAGCCGCUGAGGCGGCCCACGUCUACGAAAAGGGCAGGAUACACAAGGCACUAGCCAAUCUGGACCCGCAAUCGACGAAGAAGCAGUUCUGGCACGACAUCAAGAACGAAACUCCAGAUGCCACCAUUUUGAAGUUCAUCAGGGCCAGAAAGUGGAACGCAGACAAGACCAUUGCCAUGUUGGGCCACGACUUGUACUGGCGCAAGGACACCAUCAACAAGAUCAUCAACGGCGGUGAAAGAGCCGUCUAUGAAAACAAGGAGACGGGUGUGAUCAAGAACUUAGAGCUGCAAAAGGCCACCGUCCAGGGCUACGACAAUGAUAUGAGGCCCUUCAUGCUUGUGAGACCCAGACUACACCAUUCCUCGGACCAAAGCGAGCAGGAACUGGAAAAAUUCUCUCUGUUGGUCAUCGAGCAAUCCAAGUUGUUCUUCAAAGACAACUACCCCGCCUCCACCACCAUCUUGUUCGACCUGAAUGGGUUCUCCAUGUCCAACAUGGACUACGCGCCAGUCAAGUUCCUGAUCACUUGUUUUGAGGCGCACUACCCGGAGUCUCUGGGCCAUCUGCUCAUCCAUAAGGCUCCCUGGAUCUUCAACCCGAUUUGGAACAUCAUCAAGAAUUGGCUGGACCCGGUCGUCGCGUCCAAGAUCGUGUUCACCAAGAACAUCGACGAGUUGCAUAAGUUCAUCCAGCCCCAGUACAUUCCUAGCUACCUGGGUGGCGAAAACGACGCUGACUUGGAUCACUAUACUCCACCAGAUGGCUCUCUGGACAUCCAUUUGAAAGACACCGAGACUCGUGCUGUGAUCGAAAAAGAGAGAGAAGAGCUGGUCCAGCAAUUCUUGGAGGCUACAUCCCAGUGGAUCGAACACCAGCCAGUGAGCGAUCCGGCAUACAUUCAACUGCAGGAGAAAAGAGCACAGCUCUCCACCGCGCUCUGCGAGAACUACUCCAAGCUAGACCCGUAUAUCAGAUCAAGAUCUGUUUACGACUACAAUGGCUCUUUGAAGGUUUGA